GAUUUCAGCUCUCUUCCGUAGACAGGAAAAUAGGUCUCACUUGAUAGACCUGUGAUCAACUGGUACCAAGAGAUACUUACUGUUAGAUCACGUUUUUAGUAACACACUAAAAAGCUAUGGAUAUUUACUCACCUUCCCCGCCAAAUUCUUCUACUUUCCUUUGAUCAAGUUUCACGCCCACAGAAGCGUGGAUUCAAAUUUUUUCCAUUCAAAAAUCUAUUCACAACUCGAUAUGGCAUCGGUCGGAGCCUCCAGCGAGAUGGAUAGAGAAUGUGUAAUCUGUCUAUCUCCACUUAAUACCAUCCCUCAUGAGAAUGUAGACUGCAAAACAUGCGAGAUCAUUGUUUGCUCGACUGCCUCAAUCCCGUCUUGUGGUCAUCGAGACUUUCACUAUUGUUGUUUGAAUCAAUGGAAGGAUAGCAAUAGAAGCACAUGUCCCGUUUGUAGGGCUCAUUUCACGAUUUUCAAUCGCUUCCUUAAUUUUGGUAUGAUCAAUAUGGCGGCCCAGGCUCCACCAACUCCUUCAACUUUCCAACAGGAUCGCACUUCGUAUGUGUAUUUCAUGGGCCGGAAUGUUGAACGCACAAAGAUAUACGCUUAUCGACUCCUAUCUCACCCUAUCGGUGGCGAGUUUCACAAAUUCACCCCUCAAGAUAUCGCCGGUAGCGAAAUCUUGCAACGUCGAGUCCGUGAUUUUACACUCCGCGAGUUUCAGAAAGCAUUCUUGCCUUUUCCUCUGCGCAAUAUCACGCGAUUGGAGGAAGUAUGCAACGAGAUCCCCAACUAUAUUGUAGACAUUCUAAAGAUAUAUCAUCUUCGUGAGAAUGUUAAUGAACUCAAAAGAGAAAUGGCAUGCAUUUUUCGCAGGAGAAACCAUGCAGAGAUAUUCUUGCAUGAGUUGAGAUCGUGGAUGGAAAGCGGAUAUGAUACUUUGGAUCUAUGGGAUCAAAAGACAGGGUACACUGCACCUCCUCUCAGAUUAAGGCCUGCCAUGCCACAAAGAGGUGUUCCGUACAUUGCACCUCCUUUCAGACUAAGGCCAGUCAUGCGACGAAGUGUUCCAUUCACGCCAGUGAAUAUGUCCCUUUUUCCCUCAAAUAUUUGAUUUUUAGACUCGACAGCCGCACCCAGCCAGCCAAACCAUCAUUCAAACCACGCACACUGCACUCUCCUUUCUUUUGUACACGCCAGCUCUACAGUUUGUUGUCGGAUAGCAUAGCAACGUACGAUAUCGAUUAUGCAAAUUAGCGACAUUCAUACCAUCUACCUUAGAGCGACAAAUUAUCAUCAACUUUCCAAUCUACCUCUUCUAGGAGGGCAUCGAUGACUAGGCAGCCGACUUCA